UUUAUUUUAGUUUAUCAAGUUACUAUCGCGUUUGAGAUAACUACGGCUAAGUUCACUCUAACAUUUUAUAUUUGCUCUUUCAUAUACGAGAUAAAUGAAAAUUUCAAAUAAUUUCCCAACAUUUUGAUGUACACUAGCAUUAUUGUACAUCGCACACGUCAGAGAAAUGUGACUCGUUGAUGAGACACAUCGGCCGGUUUUUUCAUUGGCUUCAUUGCGGCUUCCUUUCCGAGGUGUAUUUUAUUUUUUACUUACUGAUGUGGUGUUGACUAUGUAAGGUUUUUACUUAGUGGAUUUCUGUGGAUAAAAUGGCAGACCCGACUAUUCAAACGUUCUGUUGUCAUCAUGCGAACGGCACAGAUAUAGCCGUGACGAUUAUGCAAGAAUUCAAUACAGAUGCCUACAACAUCGUCUGCUUGUUAUCUGCAACACUCGGGAUUCUCGGAGCUUUUUAUCAGAUAUUACCAAGGGAACAGUUCUCACACCAUCAUCAGUGGCUUUCUUUUUCUGCAAUCAGAGGGAGAAAAAUCAUUAUCUGGUUAGCUGUAGCUGAUCUUUUAGCAUCUCUAGGUGUUUUCACAAGAUCUACUAUAUGGAUUAAUUACAAAAAUAUUAUGCCAGCUAUAGAUGACAACUCUAGUGUUCUAUUUUGUGCAGUAUCAUCGGCAUUCACUCAAUACUUCUACACUUCAACCUGGAUAUGGACCUUAUGUUAUGCCAUAGACAUGAGAAUGAUUCUGACUCAAAAGGAAAGUCAUAUGAAAUUCUACCAUAUCGCAGCAUGGGUAAUUCCAGCCAUCUCAACCGCUACAGGAUUGUGUUUGCUCUACUUUCCAGAUGCGAAUUGUCACACUUCAUCAUCGUUGAGGACAGCAGUUCUGAGAAUUCUUCCAAAUUACGUUUUAACUUAUCUUCCAAUAUCCAUAACAAUGAUUGCCAAUCCAUGUUUGUAUCGACACUCUACGAAGGACAUGGAGAGAAUAAUAACCAGUACUUCAGGCCAGUUUACCAGUAAGGAGAGGAGUCUUAUCGAUUCUAUAAAGCUGAAAUUUUCCGCCAUUAACAUUGUUUUUUACAUUUGCUGGACACCAAAUUUACUAAACGGUAUCCUACUUUGGGUUCUGUGGUUCCAUCUGCCGGUAUCUUUUAUAAUUACUCUCUGGUACAUUAUGGCAUUUAUGAAUCCUCUUCAAGCACUAUUCAAUUGUUUAGUAUAUCGAAGAUGGAACAGUGGAUCAGAAAGAGUAAUUCUGCCAUGGAGACAACUCGAGAGAACUGGUUCAACUGACAGUAAAAAAAACACAUCAAAGUCGUCCUUGGAAGAUACAAUCAGAGAAGAAAUUUAUCCAUUACUACAUAAUGCUCCAUCAAACAGCGUAAAUUUAUAUCAGAGUCUCACUUAGUUUAUAAUGUUUAUGUUGAAAAUAUAGCACCAACCUAGAAGAACGGAAAAUUUCAGUCAACUGAAUUAUUUUAUGUUUCGUCUAUUUGAAAAGGCAGCUGUAUCAUUAUAGAUUAUGAAAAUUUUGCCGUUUUCUGUAGUCAUAUGUAAUUUCAUAAAUUCAUCGAUCAUCAAAGUAAUAACUGCAUUAUUAAUAAUUCUAAUUUUGGUUCUGAUGAAAAUAAACACUAUUUUGAUAUUA